AUUCUAUCGAAAAAAUCAUGGCUGCUCUGAAGCUUGCCGCACUCCUCUGCUUUGUAGCAGUCUGCUAUGCCUCAUCAGGCAAAAGGACUUUGGUUUUGGUAGACAACUGGUCAAUCAGGGAGACUCACUCUGUGUUUUUCCGUUCUCUGAGGGAACAAGGCUUCGACCUCACCUUCAAGACUGCCGAUGACUCCGCUCUGGCCCUCGUCAAGUAUGGAGAAUUCUUGUACGACAACCUGGUUCUUUUCUCUCCGUCAGUGGAAGAGUUUGGAGGGUCCAUCGAUGUAGCUUCUAUCACCAACUUCAUUGAUGGAGGAGGCAAUGUGCUCAUUGCAGCAAGCUCAGACAUCGGUGACCCAAUGAGGGAGCUGGCCACGGAGUGUGGCGUGGAGUUUGACGAGGAGAAGAGCGCUGUCAUUGACCACCUCAACUACGAUGUGGCUGAUGACGGAAAGCACACUCUGAUCGUGGCUGACAGCGACAACCUGAUGAAAGCCCCAAUGAUUGUCGGAGACAAGGUCCCUGCCCCGCUUCUCUUCCGCGGUGUCGGCAUGGUGAGCGACCCCGACAACCCCCUGGUGCUGAGUCUGCUCAGGGCCUCGUCCACCGCGUACUCCUACAAGCCUGAUGAGAAGAUUGAUGAGUUCCCCAUGGCUGUGGGUUCAAGCACCCUGCUGGUGGCAGCCCUCCAGGCCAGGAACAACGCCCGCGUGGUGUUUGUGGGAUCCCUCGACUUCUUCAGCGACCAGUUCUUCCAGUCCAGCGUACAGAAGGCAAACGGAGGGAAGAGAUUUGAGAAGUCUGGCAACCAAGAUCUAGCCUUGAGCCUUUCCCAGUGGACGUUCCGGGACAAGGGAGUGCUGCGUGUUGGGAAGGUGUCACACCAUCUGAAGGGGGAGAAGGUCCCGCCUCCUUCGUACACCGUCUUCCAGGACGUGGACUACUCUGUGGUGAUUGAGGAGCUGGUCAACGGUCAGUGGAAGCCGUUCAAAGCCGAUGACGUCCAGCUGGAGUUUGUGCGAAUUGACCCAUUCGUGCGCACCACCCUCAAGGCCAGAGACGGCAAGUUCAGCACCACGUUCAAGCUGCCGGACGUGUACGGAGUCUACCAGUUCAAGGUGGACUACAACAGAGUGGGCUACACCAGGCUCUACAGCGCCACACAGGUGUCGGUGCGGCCGCUAGAACACACGCAGUACGAGCGCUUCAUCCCGUCAGCGUUCCCGUACUACGCCUCGGCUUUCUCCAUGAUGCUCGGAGUUUUCCUGCUCAGUUUUGUGUUUUUGCACUACAAGGAGGAUACGAAAGAUAAAAAAGAAUAGCGCGAGCUUUAACCCAAGUCUUUUGUUGUUGUUUUAGCGUGUUAAUUUUUUGGUUGUUUGAGAGACUUAUGAUGGUUUCAAAUGAAGAGCGUAAUUUUGUUUUACGUGUAUAUUUUGAUGAGGCGAGAACUUUGUAGAGGGAGAGGGUAGGACAGGAGUCUGAGCAAGAGAGUGGUUGGAAAGAAAGAUCACAGCUGUCAGUUUUCCCAGGUUUUAUUUCUGCCCUUCGCUGUGUGUACGGGAGUGGGAGGGUUUGUAAAUGUGCCGGUGAAUUGGGGGAACAUUUCUCCCAUCAGUCCUUGCGCUACAAAACUACUGAGAUGCUCACUUCUUUUCGAUCCAAUAUGGUGAUGAAGACAGUCUGAUGCUGUUUCUCGGAGUCUGCUGAAGUACAAGAGUACAAGACUUCACUCAUCAAGAAAAGAAACUAGUUUGAUUGUGGAAUGACUUCAUUGUGAUACCACCGCGCCUUUACUGUAAAGUGUACUACUGUGCUCAUACUAUAGCCCUCUCAGUUGGUACCACCUAGCUGGGAGGGGGGGGAGGGGUUUGAACUUCUUUAAAAUGAAAGUUGUUAUUUAAUUUACGCUGUGAAAGUUUCAAGGGUUUCAACUUGUUGUGUUGUCUUUUUUAUCAAACGUCUGAUACGAGUGAUUCAUUAAACGUUACCACAUUGUUUA